AAGAACUUGCAUUUCCCCGGUCAAUAUCUAUUUCCAUUUCCAUUUACAUACAACAUUGGAGCACGUUCCGAGAGCUCGCUGGCUCUCUCUCUCUCUCUCUAACUGCAACUCUUUCGCUGUAUCAUGAACAGAGAACAAACUCAGUUUUCUCAGAACACAAGAGCUCUCAGUCUUCCUCUUCCCUCUGUUUGAUUCCUGAGAAAACUGUUGGUUAACCGCUCAAGGUUUUUGGAUUCGUUCGAAUUUUCUUUUGGUUGUCAACAAUGGCGGACUCGGCUAAAGUUCGGCUGGUUCGUUGCCCAAAGUGCGAAAAUCUCCUCCCGGAGCUCGCUGAUUACUCUGUUUAUCAGUGCGGUGGUUGUGGUGCUGUUCUUCGAGCCAAAAAAAAGAAUUGCGAAGUAGAUGCUGCUUUGUCAGAUAAGUCAGAUGAAGAAAGGGUAGGCGGACUUUCUACAAAAUCAGACAACUCCUUGGAUAAAGGAGCGGUUAAUUUGAGUGAUGCUUCUGAUACAGAUGUUAAGCCAAACGGUGACUCUUUGAGAUGUGGUCAAAGGGAUUCAGAAAAGGAUGAUACAAUGGGAAGGGAUAAAGGGGAACGUAAUUCUGAAAUAAAAUCGACAAGUGGGUUCCAAAGGUCAGGAUGGAUGUCUGAUUGGAAAUUUGGGGAGAGAGAUGAGAUGGACGGGUUCCAAAGAAACCUAAAAAGUAAUCUUGAGGGUGUGAGGUUUUCAACUUCAAACCAUCCUGAUGAGGGCCCAUCAAAUUACAAUGUGGACUCUUCUUACAGCUAUGGGGAACUGUCGAGGAAUGAUAAUGACCCUGAUCGGGUUAAUAGGGUUAAGUAUCUCGAACAAGAUCGAGCCGAACUUUUGAGGAAGCUGGAUGAGCUAAAGGAUCAACUUAGUCGGUCUUGUAAUGUGGUUGAUAAACCAAAAGAGAAGGUUCCACUUGAUGGUAGGACAGUUCCUCCAGAUCCUUAUGGUGGCUGUGAUAAUUGGUUUCGAAAUGGUCCUUCAGCAUUGAAUAGGGCUUCAAUGCAGUUCUCUGGGCAUGAUAAGCAUGUGGCAGGACAACCCUAUUCCAAUUAUUGGCCUGAUCCAUUUCCUUGUACAAACAGGCAUGAAAUGGCUAUGCAUGGCUUCUACCCGUCGAUGCACAAUCCUAAUCAUAAUCCUGGAUUGGGAGAUCCUUUUGGAUCUCAAGGGCUGAGGAGAGCUUCACACCACUUACCUAGUCAAUACCCACACCCACCAUUGCAUCCAUACUUCUCUGGACAAUAUGUUGAUCACAAUCCAGAAUCAUUUGAGCCAUACCCAACUAACUCAAUGUUUCACCAGCCUUCUUGCUCUUGUUUACAUUGCUAUGACACACUUCAGCGAGCUUCAGCACCGGCCCCAGCCCCUUCUUUCAGUAAUAAAAGAUUUCCCAAUGUCCCAAACCAUCCCGUUACGUACCAUCACGAGAAACCUGGGGCAUUUGGUCAAGUUGUUCACAAUUCUACGAUUCCUCCUCCAUCAAGCAAUAGCGAUCCACAACACCACACAAGAUGGCCAAGUGACCUUAAUUCGGAGAUGGGUGGUUUUGUUUGUUGCCAUCCUCGUAGGGUUGUGGUAGCUAGUGGUGCCCGCCAUUGCCGUCCCAUGGCAGGUGGUGCACCCUUCCUAACAUGUUAUAAUUGCUUUAAGGUACUUCAACUGCCCAAGAAAGUGCCUGUUACUUUGAAGAAACAACAAAAAAUGCGGUGUGGGGCCUGUUCUGCAGUAACCAAUGUUGCUGUAAUCGACAAGAAACUAGUCCUUUCGGUUCAUGCACAGACAAAGGAUAUUCCCAUAGACUGCGAUGGUAGUUCUAGUGAACUGGUUAAAGGCGGUUCUUCACAUUUUUAUGGCCACAUGAAUAGGACCAAAGCAAAUUUCUCUUCUGAUGAUUAUGAUGAAUCUGAUUACAACUUUCAGUCUAUUGAUGUAGAACCUGUUUCAUUGUCUAUGGGCACGGGUUUGAACUCAAACAAGGCUGGAGAGAUGGGAAGCUUUCAUUCUUCAUCCCCAAGCCCCUCUGAGGAUGAAAGUGGUCCAGAAGUCUUAAUUGCUUCAAAAGACAACUCCACUCAGCAACCAACCAGAGUCAUUCUAUCUCCGCCACCUCCAGGUUCACCUCUUCAAGAACAUUUUGACAAUUCUUCUAAUAACAAUGUAGUGAACCGGUUUGCGAAAGGAAACAGAAGUAGUCGUUCAGACCAAGAGAAAGUGAAACCUAGCAAGGCUACCUCACGCCAGAAUUCUUUGAAAGAGGCAUCACAUGCAACUGAGAUGGAUGUAUCAUUCAAUGAGUACUCCAACACAGGCGUCUCUCAAGAUUCUGGAGAUGCAAGCAGAGAAGAAGAUCGGCCAAGAAACAAAGGGAGUGAAUCCUUUUUUGCAAAUAUUAUCAAGAAGAGCUUUAAGGAUUUUUCCAGAUCUAGUCAAACAGAUGAACGUAGCAGAAGUAAUGUAUCUGUAAAUGGGCAUCUCAUACCAGAACGCGUUGUUAGGAAGGCUGAAAAGCGUGCUGGACCAAUUCAACCUGGAAAAUAUUGGUACGACUCCCGAGCUGGAUUCUGGGGUGUAAUGGGUGGACCUUGUCUUGGAAUCAUUCCUCCAUUCAUUGAAGAGUUCAAUUAUCCCAUGCCAGACAAUUGUGCUGGAGGAAAUACUGGUGUUUUUGUAAAUGGGAGAGAGCUUCACCAAAAAGAUUUAGAUUUGCUUGCUAAUAGAGGGCUUCCAACCGCUAGAGAUAGAUCAUACAUCAUUGAAAUUUCUGGGGGUGUCCUGGAUGAAGACACUGGUGAAGAGCUAGAUGGCCUUGGCAAACUUGCCCCAACAGUUGAGAAGGCAAAGCAUGGAUUUGGUAUGAAGGCUCCUAGAGAUCGUAAUCAGUAGAAAUCUCUAAGUUCUAUUGCCACUUCUGACAUGUUGGAAAUAGUAAGCCGUCCUGUGCCAGAGUUGGAAAAAAAAAAAACUAUCUUAACAAAUUCUUUUGGAGGAUCUGCACGAAGUUUUCUCACCUUGAUGGACAUGAAUAAUAAAUAUUUUGGAUGAUCUUUCCACCACUGACGUCUGAAAGCCAUAGAUCUACUUCUAAACAUGGGAUGUUUUUCAUGCUUGAUUCAUCUGAAGGGAUUGAUCGUCUUUUUGCACACCACAGUUUUGUAUUUUUAUAUGUAUACCACUUGGGUUUGUUUUCCUUGACCUGAUUUCAUUUCUUUUUGUAAAUUGUAUUGUGCUAUUUGUUGUUCUUGAGGUUGAAGUUUACUUUGC